GGAUGCCAAACGCCGAAUUCUAAAACACGAAGAAGAAAAAGCGGCACUCUGAUUGACUGUUUCCAAGGAGACCACCAAAACUACUUAGCGCUGGACUGCUGUGCCGAGAGUCAAAGAUGUCAUUUUUAUUUGACUGGAUCUACAGGGGGUUUAGUAGUGUUUUACAGUUCUUAGGUUUGUACAAAAAGACUGGGAAGCUGGUUUUUCUGGGCCUUGACAAUGCUGGUAAAACAACACUCCUACACAUGUUGAAAGAUGACCGACUUGGCCAACACGUGCCAACGCUGCAUCCAACUUCUGAAGAGCUGACAAUCGGUGGGAUGACAUUUACUACAUUUGAUCUGGGAGGACAUGUACAAGCUCGAAGAGUGUGGAGGAACUACCUGCCGGCUGUGAAUGGAGUCGUCUUUCUUGUAGACUGCGCAGAUCACGACAGACUCACAGAAUCCAAGACCGAACUCGAUGCUCUCCUAGGAGACGAGACCAUAGUCAACGUACCAGUGUUGGUGUUGGGUAAUAAAAUUGACCGUCCUGAGGCCAUCAGUGAAGGAGGACUGAGAGGAGCUUUUGCUCUUGAUGGUCAAGUUACUGGAAAGGGAAAUGUCUCUUUGAAGGAGCUGAACGUCCGACCUCUGGAGAUUUUCAUGUGCAGCGUGUUGAAAAGACAAGGCUAUGGGGAAGGUUUCAGAUGGUUAUCACAGUACAUCGACUGACACGCAGGACUGAAGCUUAACCAGAAGGGAUUUUCUUGACACAUUUUCAUGAAGCAUGACAAAGACUUCAUGCCUCUUUGCCAGUGUCAAUCAGCCCAAAUUUCAAGCAGUAUUAUUAAGAGCAUAUUCUUUUUAAUAAUUAAAGCAUUUCUUCAGGAUUUAAAGGUUUCUAUGCAAACUUUUAAAAGUGGUUCAUGGUGAACUGUCCUUCGUGUGUCUGUGUGUGUGUGUGUGUGCGCGUGUGUGUUUGUGUGUUAUUAAUGUGAGAGUUAACUGAGUUGUCUGAAUUGUAACAUGAGCAGUGAUACAUUAUGCAAGAAUGUAGAUAAUGUAUACAGCAGUAUUGCUUUAGACCAACUGCUCUAAUUGGAAUUUAUUAGAAGUGGGUGAUGAAAAUGUGGUGGGUAGUUUAUUGCUUGUCAGACAUCAGAUUAAGAUGGCCAAGUUUAGAUUUUAAAAUUAGACAAAUAACUAAAUACAGAAGAUUAAUUUUAGUUCAUUUAAUCUAAUGCUACGCAGCCACUGCCUUCAAAGCAUAUAGCCAAAAAUGUCUGCUAAUGACUUUGGGAUUAGCAGGGAGAGAGAUUGGACUUCAACAAAAGAUAUCUUCCAUGCUGAGCACUGAGCCAAAAUAACGUCAAAUCCCCUUUAGAAGCCAAAAAUGAAAAGAAUGCAUGUCCCACAAACAAAGGCAAAGAUGAUGGAAUAAACUGAGUCUGCUUUGAAUAAUGUGUUUCUCACAUUCAGUGUCUUGAUGGAAUUGGCUUGUUUAGUUUUGCUCUUGACAGUUGCAUCUUCUCCUAUAUGUGAUGUUACAUGUUGCAUCAAAGGCAGCUGAUUUGAAGUGUGUUAGUUGGAUUGAAAUAAGUCUUCAUUAUCUUUGACUUCGGGGUGUUUAGUACAGAGCUCAAAGAUAAAAUGUUCAUACAGAACUUUUACGACUUUUAAUGGCUUCCCUUGCUUUAUUAUAUCAUGAAGGCUGUAAUAAUGCAUUGCCCUUAAAAUGUCAGGAAGCAAUAAAGUAGAAUGACCAACUGUAAUGUAGCAGAGACAAUCUUACUCCACUAUAUUUGAGAGUAGGAAAGAAUAUAUGUAGUUCUGAGCCUGUUAAUAAUAUAUAUAUAUUUUGUUAUUUAUUCCUUUAUUCUAGAGCCUGAGCAAUAUAUGGACAUGUAAUCAGCAUGUAGGCUGUGCAACAGGGUUGAAGUGCUGCAGAUAAUGUACUUUUUGACUAUCUGAAAAGAUAUGAGAGUGCACUUGCAAACAGUCCAUUCAUGCAAACAUGCAUGCAUUUUUACAAUGACCUGUAUAAAUCUGUAUCCUCAUUCUGAGAAGCUGGAAAUAGAUCAUGGGGAACAGAAACAUGUGAUCAUCACUGUACCCCAUUUACUGUUUCCUGCAUCCCAUGUUUACAGGGUAACAUUUUGAAUAUUCUGUUUAUUAAUAUAUGCAGGGAUAUUUGUGACUGAGAUAAAAAGAUUUUAUUCAGGGAUUCUUGAGUGUUUACUGAGAUACAGUAUGCAUGUAAACAAGCUGCUUUUCCUGUGAACAGUGUUCUGUACCAGUCGUUAAAUUAUGUAUAGUACAGAUGUAAAUGUUUGUACAGUAACUGCCCUUUAGCUGACACUAUGAAGUACUGAAAUUAUUUAUAACUGACUGUAACUUGAAAUAAUAUUUGCAGCAAUUAUCUGUGCAAAUAGUUUCAACUUGAAUGACAACAUCCACACAUAAAGAUUGAUCUAUGCAAUGAGUGGUUUAAAUGUUGUAAUAAAACCUGCUUCUUCUUUUUUUGGA